UACCAUUGCAUGCCUGUAAUGGAAUUGAACCAAACGGUCUGAGGAACAAUAUUGCGUUGGGAUGGAUCAUGCACGUGUAACAAAUAGCGAAUACCGUAGAGCCACCUGAAGAGCCUGUGAUCACCUGAAAUGGCGGCCACUCCGCCGUCUCCGUCGUACUCGUUAUCCUCAAAUCCGAGCAGCUUCACCCACUUUUCCAAAUCUCUUAAACCCAUUUACUCUUUGGUCCUCCCUAAACCAGAACCAGUCAAAGCCUUCAAGAACAAUCGCAUCUGUAGGUGUGAGAUCAGAUGCUUCGAACCCCAUCAUAGCUGGACAAUUGAGCACGUGUCGGAAAUGAAGGAUUCGAUCCAGAGUAACUCCUCUUCUUCUUCGACGGUCUCAGUCUCUGCCGCUAAUGUCGCUUCACAGAAUCCCACGAGGAAUUCCAAAAAGGUGUCUUUGUUUUACUGCGAUGAAACGAAGACGCUGGCGCAGAAAAUCGCCGCUGAGGUUGACGCCAUUGAACUUCGGAACAUCAGCUGGGGGAAAUUUCCUGAUGGCUUCCCCAACAUAUUCAUACCUAAUGCCCAAGGCAUUCGCGGACAGCAUGUAGCUUUUCUGGCUUCAUUUAGUUCACCAGCAGUAAUUUUUGAACAGAUCCCUGUCAUAUAUGCAUUACCGAAACUAUUUGUUGCAUCAUUUACCCUUGUCCUUCCAUUUUUCCCUACGGGCACUUCUGAGCGUAUGGAGGAUGAAGGAGAUAUUGCUACAGCGUUUACUUUGGCUAGGCUUUUAUCAAACAUACCGAUUUCAAGAGGAGGACCCACUAGCUUAGUGACUUUCGACAUUCACGCUCUGCAGGAGAGGUUCUACUUUGGUGAUAACAUCUUACCAUGCUUUGAGAGUGGCAUACCGUUGCUUAAAAGAAGGCUUCAGGAUCUCCCUGAUUCUGAUAAUAUAGCAAUUGCUUUUCCUGAUGAUGGUGCUUGGAAACGAUUUCAUAAGCAACUGCAGCAUUUUCCAACGAUAGUCUGUGCAAAAGUUCGGGAGGGAGAUCAACGGAUAGUUCGCAUCAAGGAGGGAGAUCCUAAGGGUCGGCAUGUUGUAAUUGUAGAUGACUUGGUUCAAUCAGGUGGCACUCUGAUUGAAUGCCAGAAAGUCUUGGCAGCUCAUGGAGCAAAGAAGAUCAGUGCUUAUGUGACUCAUGGCAUUUUCCCAAAUAAAUCAUGGGCACGCUUUCAACAUGAUAAUGGAGGACAUCCUGAGACGGCAUUCGCGUACUUCUGGAUCACAGAUUCAUGCCCCUUGACCGUGAAGGAUGUCAUGAAUAAGCCACCCUUUGAGAUUCUCAGCCUUGCAGGCUCUAUAGCAGCCAGUCUUCAAAUAUGAUAGCAUUCAGGCACAAAUGAAAUGGACAAGAGAGUAGACCUCCCUUUGGUAGUGACGGUUUAAGUUGAGCCAUUUAGUGUGCGGCUUUUAGUUAAAGAUAUUUGCAAGGGAAUAAAAUACUGCCAAGAACUCCUGCUUAGAGCAAUGUGAUCAAAAUAACUUGUUUCUGAGCCAUAAUUUGACUCCAAAAUUAAAUAACUUGUUGUGAAUGUUUAGUAUUAUAAAUAAAAUGUACCUUUUUUUUCGAGUUAA